CUGUCCGGUCAGGACGGAGCCGGGUGUCCAUACUAUUCCAGCCCAGACGAGGAGUUCCCUGCUCCCAGCCAACCCCUGUUCCCGGCCGCCUCCCAGGCCGUUCCAGACAGCUGGUCGCCCCCCGGGGCAGCCGUCCUGCUGGCCGCCAUGCAUCCAGGUCCCAGAGUGACCGCUCUAAUGCCCUUCUGCUUGGUUCUGGGUCUGACCUCCGGGAAGCUGAAUGCCACCGGCCAGAGCCGAACCAGCAGAGUUCUCCGGGACAGCUCUGGAACCCUGCUCGCCCCUGUCAACUGCCAGCUCGGCUCCUGGUCUGCCUGGACUGACUGCUUCCCCUGUCAGAACCUCAAACACCGCUGGCGGAGGCUGGUGCAGCCGUCAAAGUUGGAGGGCAGGCUGUGUGCGGGGAGCCUGUGGGAGGAGGCUGCCUGCCAAACCUCCCAAGCCUGCACCCCAUCCACCUCCUGCCAACAAGACUUUCAGUGCAAGGAGACAGGUCGCUGUAUCAAACGACGUCUUGUCUGCAAUGGGGACCGAGAUUGUCGGGACGGUUCGGACGAGGAGGACUGCGAGGAAGAGCCGGAGGUCCAGUUGGCCUGCGCGGACCUCCUGCCCAUCCCCGGCGCCGAGGAGGUCACUCUGGGGUUUAACGUCCUGACCCAGGAGCCGGCCCUCCCGGUGCUGGACCCCACCUUCUUCGGGGGCCGCUGCGAGUCCGUGUACAACGGCCAGUGGAGGGAACUUCGCUACGACCCCGCCUGCGAGCGCCUGCAUUAUGGGGACGACGACAAGUACUUCCGGAAGCCCCACAACGUCCUCUUCUACCAUUUCAUGGCCCAGGCGGACUCCGGGUUCACCUCGGAAACUUACGACGACGUGAACGACCUGAUUUCGGCCCUGAAGACGGACAACUCGUGGAACACGGGGGUGACCCUGGGUGUGGGCUCCAGCAACUCCCCCUUCACCAUGGAGGUCGGGCUGGACACGGCUGGCGGCGAGAAUCUUCUGAAGAACCUCACCAAAUACCGCCAGCAGAGAGUGGAGUUCGUCAGGGUGCUGACGACGGUGCAGACGGCCCGUUUCCGGAUGCGGCGGGAUGACCUGGUGCUGGACGAGGACCUGCUGCAAGCCCUGGAGGAGCUGCCCGACCACUACGACUUCGGCCUCUACUCCCGGCUGUUCCAUCGCUUUGGCACCCACUACAUCACCUCCGGCACCGUGGGCGGCGUCUUUGACUUUAUCAUGGUCCUCAACAAAGACAAGAUGGAAAAGACAGGGCUCACUAAAAAUAGCGUCUCCUCCUGCUUCGGCGCGUCUCUCGGCCUGACCUACAAGCAAGAAGUCGACCUGAGCGGAUCGCUUCGGGGGAGUUCUUGCCAAAUAGGCGGCGAGAGGAACAUGGAGAAUGACCUGAAGGAGAUGGGUGUCGAAGACGUGAUCUCCCGGGUGCGAGGCGGGAACCUGGGCCCGGCCACGGGCCUCCUGGACCUGCGGAGCCCCAAUCUGUAUCGCGCCUGGGGCCGGUCGCUCAAGUACAGUCCCGUCCUCAUCAACUUCGAGCUGCGGCCGUUGGGCGAGGUCCUGGGGCGGGCAUCUCUGGGCUUCCCCGAGGCCCGGCGGCGGCGACUGGGGCAACACCUGGACCGGGCCCUGGAGGCCUUCCUGGCUGACUUCGCCGCCUGCCGCUGCGGACCCUGCCUCAACGAUGGCCGCCCCCUCCUCCAUGGCACCCACUGCUCCUGCCUCUGCCCUGCAGGCUUCCGGGGGGCCGCCUGCCAGAUGGCCCCCCCCUCAGGCAGCCAAACCACCGGACGCUGGAGCUGCUGGGCGCCCUGGUCACCGUGCCAGGCCGGAAGCAGGACCCGCACCCGAGCCUGCGACAACCCUGCCCCAGACAGUGGGAGGACUGGCUGCCUCGGGCCCAGCCGGCAGACCCGGCCCUGUUAGCCACGGCCGGCCUCCCCGGGAGAGUCGCGGGGGCCCAACCUUGACCCUCCCGCGGGAGCCUGCAUUAAAAACAAAGUCCACCACUGGU